CUCGUCUUUCCCAGUCAGUCGAACCGCGUCCGCUAACUCCGCCGAACGGCACACCACCGUUUCUGAUCGCGAUACUGCACCCUCGAUCCACAGGAACUAUCGCAACGCUUUGGUGACGACAAGAGUAUCUCCGAACAUUUAAAAUUACCGAUACAACGCAUCAACGACUAUCAACUUUUAUUAAAGGAGUUGGUAAGAUACACUACGUGCCUUGGCGAGAACUACGUGGAUCUUCAGAAGGCUCUUGAUUUGAUGCUAAGCGUCCCCCAUCGGGCACAAGACGAUAAGUUUAUCUCUAGUAUCGAAGGGUACAAAGGUAGCGUCCAUAAAUUGGGAAGACUUCUAGCCCACGACAGAUUUACUAUCACAUUUGAGGACAUAUCCAAAGAACGGUAUCUGUUUCUAUUCAAGGCACGUAUAUUGGUUUGCAAGGUUAGAAGAAUAUCAGAAGAUAGAUCUAUUUUUCAGCUUAAAGAUUGCAUUAGGUUAACGAAAGUCACUGUUAAAGACCAUCCAGAAGACAAGCACGUAUUUGAACUAAUCGACAACGUUGGAGGACAGGCUAUUGUAUUAAAAGUAUAUCGAGACGUCAAAGAAUAUUGGUUAAAAGAAAUUAGGGAAUUUGCUAGGGAACACGGUGAUAGUGAAGAAACCAGCAGCGACGAUCUAAAAUCCCCACCAGUAGAAAAAUCUGAUGAAACUAAAAGAAAAAAUACAGAAAAACUAUCCCAAAAAGAAUCUGAACUACCAAAACCCAAGAAACUAGAACCAGAACUGCCUGCUCUAGAAGUAUCAAAAGAAAGUGAGGUAAAACAGAGUUCAACUAAAACAAAACUAGAAGAGAGUAUAUUACGUCGAAAACUUUCAAAGGAAUUGGAUCAGCCCAAUAAAAAAAACGGUUCUUCAAUUCCUGUACCAAAAUCAGUCAAAGAAAAAAAUACAGUUGAUGUUAAAAAAGAAGAACGAAAAUCUAUUGAAGGCAUACAAAAGCUAACGUCUAAACCUGUUGAAGAAACAAAAACACCUGAACCAAAAGUCUUAUCAACUUUACAAAAAACCAAAACAGAACAACUUUUAGAACAAAAAACUGCAACAGUAGUUGUUGAAAAAUCUAAAGAAGACGACAAAAAAGAAUUAGUUCAAGAAAAGGUUACCUCCAAAUUACCUGGCAAAUCCAAAACUCAAGAUAAACUUAUUGAGGAACUAAAAUUAAAACAAUCCAAAGUUGAACAGUCUUCAACAAGUCUCAAACAGUCCUCAACAGAGGUCAAACAGUCUAUAUCCGAAUUCAGUCAGUCAAAGAGUGAACUAACUUCUACACAAGCUGCCGAAUCCCGAAUACAGGAAUCUUCAGUAACGACCACUAAAACUAAAACGUUACAAAAAAGUGAAACCUCCAAAACAAAAACUUCUUUGGAAGAAAGAAAAUCUUUUUCUAUAUCAUCUGAAGAUACCGUAGUUCCUGCAUUCGUAGCACCUGUUGAAACAACCACCACCACUACUGAUAUCCAAAGAUCUGAUAGUGAAACACUCAAACAAAUUUCAACACCAGAAUCAGAUCCAAGUGAAGAUCAACACCAUAUUCGACGACUUCAAGCAGUAGAACCUCUAAUCGAAAUCAACAAACCCAGAGUUUUAGAAGAGGUCAUUCCCUACAUUAUAAAACCACCUCCAGAGAAAGUACCUGGUAGUGCUAUCGAUAAACUAUACAGUGUUGAAAAAACUGGAGUAAGUGAUAUUAUUUUAACUGAUUUUAAAGUAGGAAUUGAAGUAAAUGUUGAAGUAGGGGACGAAAUGAGUAGAAAAUAUACUUCGUCCACGAGAUCAGAAGGGGGUUAUGAGUCUUCAUACUCCCGAAGAGCGGGCUCUACAGAAGGAGGUUUGUCUAGCUCAAGAUAUAGCUCGGAGAUUAGUUCGAGCAAAUAUGGUACAGACUCUAGCCUCACCGGUGGAAGCAGUAAAUAUGAGAGCCUUUCUUCCAAAUAUGCAAACAAAUAUAGUACGGAUAUUGGUGACUCUUCGGCUUUAACUUCAAGCUACAGCUCUAGAAAAGCACUUGGUGGUGACGACGAUUUAACAUCAAGCUAUAGUUCUCGCAAAACACGUGGAGAAAGUGAGCUAACAUCAAGUUAUAGUUCCAGAAAGGCACUCGGAGAUAACGACAAUGAUUAUAGUUAUACAAGAAAGAGCAGAUAUUCAAUAGAUGAUGAUGACGGGGGUAACUACAGUUAUUCCAGGAAAGUAACUAAGGACGGAGACGAUGGUGAGGCCUAUAGUUCGUACUCUAAAAAGUCUUCGAGAUCCGUCACAAGAACAGAAGGAUUAGGAGAUGACGAUUCUUAUACUUUCUCUAGAAGAAGUAUAAAAUCUAGAACGGAAGGCAUAGGGGAUGGUGACAGCUAUACCGUAAGAAGAUCUAUAAAAACUUCUGUCGAAGGUACUGGCAUCGAACCAACUGAAACCAAUGAUACCUACAAUUACAGCUCCAAGAGGAAUCUAGGCGCUGAUCUUGGUUCUAAAUAUUCAAUCAGAUCUGUAUCGAUAGAGGAAGAAAAAAGCGAUACGGACGAAUUACUAUCUAAAUACUCCAAAUACGCUAUAAACAAAAAACUAAACGAAGAUGAGGAAGAAGAUAAAUAUGCCAAAUACACUAGAAAAUAUUCUAGAACCGAAUCAAUAACUGAUAAAAAGGAUGAGGACGAGAACAAAUACACAAGAAAAUACUCAAGAACUUCAUCUAGAGAACCUAAAAAGGACGAUGAGGAAGAUCCGUACGAGAAAUACGCCAGAAAGUAUUUGCGAAAAGAUUCACAGGUAGACGAGCAAAAUAAAAGCCGAAGAUCAGAAUCACAUGAAAGAAAAUCUAGAUAUUCAGACCAUGAAGGGGAAUCAACAUCGGUUAAAAUUUCCAGUGAAACAGAAAUAAAAGAAAUAUCUAACGGCAAGUCCGAAGUUUUAGUUUCGAAAGAAGUAAAGUCAGAAUCCUUUAUUCAAGAAUCAAUCGAAUCUGCAAAAGCUGAGGCGAAAGAAUCUAAAGCUGAAGCCAAAGUUGAACUAAUAGCUGAAGCUAAAUCGAUUGAAGCAGCAUCUCAAAAAUCAGAGAAAGUCUCACAGGAAACUUCUGAAUCGGUCAGCAAAAAAUCUACAGAGAAGAAAUCAUCAGAAAAAUCCACUAAGGAAAGUUCUAAAAUGGCAGAAACCAAGUCAGAAAAGAAAGAGGUAAGCAAAACCACAUCUGUUGAAUCUACAAAUAUUCACGAGAAGUCUGCGGAAGAAAAAUUAGAAGAACUUGUAGAUGGACGACCCAAAUUUAUCCAAACUAUUCGUGGUACCAGCAUUGAACUGACGACAGAAGAAAGGGCUGCUAAGUCUAGCACUGAUAAACCAGAAUUUUUGGUGUCGAUGAAAGACGCAGAGCUAUUAGAGGAAACAUAUCUUCGCUUUAUGGUAAAAGUUGCAGGAGAACCUCAUCCAGACAUUGCCUUUUUCAAGCAAGGGAAGAAAAUCCCAGAAAACUCAGAGAGAUACCAAAUUAUUAAGGAACAGGCCCAUAAAGGAUUUUACGAAUUAGUGAUUCCAGUUGUAAAAAAAGAAGAUGCUGGUGUUUACAAGUGUGUCGCUACCAAUAAACAUGGAGAAGCUUCUUCUGAAGCUACCUUAACAGUCACAGAUAACAAAAAGAUUUUCGAAGAAAUGCCAGAAGGUGAAAUCCUCCCAGCGGGAGAAAAACCAGUAUUCCACUGGAAGAAAGACGGUCAACCCUUCGAGCCCGAGGAACGUUUCAAGGUUCUUAUGGGCGAUGAUGAAGACUCUCUAGCUCUGGUGUUCCAAAAAGUCCGACCAGAUGACGUGGGUCUCUACACGUGCGUGGCUCAAACUUCCAGAGGUCAUAUCAGUUGCAGUGCAGAACUGACCGUUCACGGAACAGUCAACCAGCUGUUCAGAGAACCAGAGAAACCUCAAUUGGUGGUGAUUAAGAAAGAUCCCGUUGUAAACGUCGGUGGAUCAGCUAUGUUGGAAUUGCAGAUUAAGGGAUAUCCUAAACCGAAUAUUAAAUUCAUGCAUGAAGGGAAGCAAAUCGAGGCCAGCAAAAAGCAUAAGAUUCUUUAUGAGGAUGAAGAAAGUGUUUCCCUGGUUAUUAAAGACGUGGAAUCAUCUGAUGCUGGUAAAUAUACCUUUACUGCUGAAAACGAACUUGGUAUCGACACCGCUGAGAUGAAUCUAACAGUCAAAGCACCACCAAAGAUUAAGACCAAACUGGAAGAUAUGUCCGUACACGCUGAUCAACAGCUGAAGAUAGAUAUAGAGAUCGAGGGAAUUCCCAAACCAACAAUUAAAUUCUACAAAGAUGGCAAAGUCAUUAAAGAAAGCGAGCAUAUCAAAGUCUUAGAAUCUGGAGAGAAGCAUACUUUAGUAAUUGAAAAAACGUCUCUCAAAGAUUCAGGUUCUUAUUCUGUGGUUGCAACCAACGAAAUGGCCCAGGUAUCGCAAUUCUGGAACCUGGACGUAUAUUCUAAACCCAAGGUGAUCCAAAAGUUGGGAGCCGACAGACAACUAUCUCAAGGUCAAAAUCUAGAGCUCAAAGUUAAGUUGGAGUCUGAACCAAAGGCGGAAGUGAAAUGGUUCAAAGACGAAGAAGAAAUCAAGUCUAACGAACAUUACACUAUUAAAGAAGACGGUGAUAGUUAUGCCCUCAAGAUAACCGGCGCAGUUACCACAGAUGCAGCUAGAUAUAAAUGCAGAGCUUUGAAUAUUCAUGGAAGUGUUGAUGAUGAAGUUAGAGUUGACGUUAAGAAACCACCAAAGAUAAUUCAAGGACUUAGAGAUAUGACUGUUGUAGAGCAUGAUAAGAACGUAUCCCUUGACGUCAAGCUUGAAGCUUUCCCGAAGCCUACGGUUAAAUGGUAUUUGGAUGAAGUAGAAAUCAAAGAAACAAGAACAGAAUUUACCAGAAUAGAAUCUGAUGAUGGAGCUUCUCUGAUUAUAAAAGAAGUAACAAGCCAACUAUCGGGACAGUAUACGUGCAAGCUAAGCAACGAAUGUGGAGGAGUAGAAACUAGUGCUAAAUUAACAGUUAAUUGUGCACCACGAAUCAUCAAGCAUUUGAAAGAUACAACCGUUGAAGAAGGAUCCACGCUUCACUUGGAGGUGGAAGUGGAAGGUUGUCCGUCGCCUACUGUCAAAUGGUUGAGGAAUGGACGUGAGGUAUCGGCAGACGCACGAAUCAAGAUCACCAAAGACACCCAACGACACGAGACGUUCAAUCUUGCCGUCAAUUUGAUCAAGUACGAGGAACAAGGGGAGUACGAGGUGAUCGUGACUAACUCGCUUGGAACUGUCAGCAGCAAGAGCAUAGUUACAGUACACAAAGUAACACAUACUGACGCCAUUGAGGAAACCGAAGUUAUCGAAGUUCUCGAAAAACCUAAGGCUGCUAAGGUAGCGGAAAUAGAGGAAAAAAUUGAAGAGAAAGUAGAAGAACCGAAGCAAGCGGAAAUUAAGGAAGUGGAAGAGAAACCUAAAAAACCUAAAGGUUCUAAAGAGUCGAUCGAAGUCAAAGAAGUAGAAGUGAAAUCUCCAGAACCUAUAAUUGAAGAACCGCAAUCUCCAGUACCUUUGAAAAGAGCUAACUCAGCGACAGUUGAAGAAGCAGAUCAUAUUGAACUAGAAGAAGUCAAAAAUAAACCAAAAUCUUUCGAAGAAAAUGAAGUAACUAAACCGAAACCUAAACGGGGUAUGUCUUUGACUAUUGAAGAAAUUACAGAGGAAAUAAAAUCAGAACCGACACCAGUUGAAGAAAAGAAUCUCGAAAAAAAGACCAAAAAGGGAGUCGCUGCUAGUAAAGAAGAGAUUGAAGUUGUAGAAAAAGACGAUGGUCUUAUACCCAAACAAAGAAGACUUUCAGAAAACGAACAAAAUAAGAAACUUAAAAGGGGUGUUUCAGCUACUAAAGAAGACAUUGAUAUUAUCGAAGAUGAAAAAUUAACUAAACCACCUCAAACACUUGACGAAACCGAUCUAAGUAAAGAUCAAAAACGAUCAAAGAAGGGUAAAAAAGCUACAUUGGAGGAAGUUCAAGAAUCAAAAAUUGACAAUAACUAUUUGAAUCAGAAAGAAGAAAAGGCCCUGGAACGGCAGCAAAGUCAGAAGGGUAAGAGAAUAUACGAAGAAGAAAAGGACGAAGAAACUGAAGAUUUGCUUAGAAAAGCCGAGAGACAAAGAAGUUUAGUGGACGAUAUGUCAGGAAGAUUGUCUGGCGUUGAAGCUGAGCCUAUGAUUCUGGGAACCAAUAUGAAGGACGGCUCCCGACCGGAAUCUCUCGACAUCACUUACAUCGUAAAAGGCUUCGCCAAUCCUCCUCCAGUGGCCACUUGGACUUUGGACGGCAAAGAACUGAAACCAGAUGGCAACUUGAGAAUGAACAUCUCACAAAACGGCGAUGAGUACAAGUUGGAGAUCAAGAAGCUCGAACUGAAAGAUGCUGGCGUGUAUCAGUGUAUUUUGAGUAACCCUGUAGGAAAGGUGGUGCAGCAAGCAGUUUUAGAUGUCACACCCGAAAAGGAGUUGCGACGUCCUAAAAUAAAAGAAGCACUAAAAGAUCAAUCAAUUGUUAAGAAAACUACUGCAGCAUUCAAAGCAGUCAUUAUUGGUGAUCCUGUUCCAGACGUCGCCUGGUGUAGAAAUGGAAAAGAGAUUUCAGAUGAAGAAUUUGAGAAACAGAAGAUUAUACUUGAAUCGGAGGACACUGAAAUUGAGGAUGGUCUUAAAGAAUGUACCUAUUCAUUGGCCAUUCCUAGAUGUGAGACAUCAGCGACCGGAAAGUACACAAUCAAAGCAAAGAACAAGUGGGGAGAAGCUGAAAGCAGCGCUAAUCUUUCAAUAGUCAUGCGACCUGAAAUCGAUGGUCCUAAUGACGUUAAGGUUGUUCCAGGAGACGCGACGGAGUUCACUGUCGUCAUCCAGGCCAACCCUGAACCCCAAGUUGUCUGGACCAAAGACGGAGUCGUUGUUCAAGCCAGCGAUCUGAUUAAGAUCGUUGAAGAUAAAGCUAAUAAGACCUACAAGUUGGUGUUCAAACAAGUUCUAUUGGGAGAUGAAGGGUACUAUAAGGUUACUGCUACAAAUCAGUUGGGAGAUGCUAGUUCUGAGGCUCGCCUUAAGACUAUUAAGGAGGCAGAACCAACUACCGAAAGACCCAAAUUCAUCACUGGAUUGGUCGAUGAUCAGGUUGAACACACAGGAGAAGUGACUUUGAUGGUACGAGCUGAUGGAUUACCGAAACCAGAAAUACGUUGGUUUUUCAAUGGAAAACCAAUCGUCGAGGACGAUAACCGUAAGAUAGUCACAACUUCAGAUGCACAAGUUACGAGCAAGUUAAUUAUUACAAAUUUCGACGAAUCAACAGCAGGAAUUUACAAAGCCAUGGCUAUAAAUGUGGUAGGAGAAGCUGAAACUACAUCAAGAGUGACGAUGCUUCAAACUCCUCCUUCAUUCGGUAAAAAAUUAGACAGAAACUUAGACGUUAAUGAAGGCGAGCCUUUAGAACUUAAAGCUAAAGUUAACGGAAGUCCAAAACCAGAGGCAACUUGGUUCAAAGACGGAGAACCAAUUUCUCCUGACGACGAAAACGUUAAAACAAGUGUUCUUCCUGAUGGAACAAUUAAACUAAGAAUCGAAAAAUGUAAACCAUCCGACAGUGGAGCUUACAAGUUAGUCGUGAAGAAUCCAAAUGGCGAAUCAGCAUGUCUCUGUGCAGUAGCCGUUACACCCAAACCCAAGAGGCCGAAGUUCCUCAAAUGCUUCAAGGACAUGCAAGUACCUCUUGGCGAAAGUCUCCGCCUAGAAGCCAAAGUAGAAGCCUAUCCACCUCCAGAAAUUAAAUGGUUGAAAGACGGAGUCCCAGUCCGUGCUUCUUCUAACGUAAGGUUCGAGAAUUAUCCUGAUGGUAGGAUAGCUCUCGUUGUAGACAUCAUGAAACCAGAAACCGCCGGCAAUUACAAACUGUUAGUGACCAAUAAAUUGGGAGAGGCAGUUGGUGAUGCUAAGGUCGAAGUGGAGAAGAAACCAAUCAAACCUGAAUUCAUCCAAAGACUUUUCCCUCAGACGGUCGUUGAAGGAUUUCCCGUUAAGUUGGAAGUUAAAGCCGAAGGUUUUCCAGCACCCACAAUUUCUUGGUUCCGAAAUGGUGCAGAGGUUAUUUCUGACAAAAAACACAUUAAAAUUAUCGAACAACCUGACGGUUCUAGCGCUCUUUUCCUAGACUGCGCAGACAUCGCUCGUGACGCUCUUACAUACAAAGCCGUAGCCUCGAACGAAGCCGGAGAAGCUGACACUUCAGCUGCUCUAACUGUAAAAGAAGCUGCUAAACCAGGAGAACCAGAAGAGAGAGCUCUGUUCCUACAUUCCAUUAAAGAUGUGAUCACCGAUGAAGGUCAACCUCUGGUAAUUGAAGCUCCGUUUACAGGAAAUCCCAUACCUAGUGCUGAAUGGACAAAAGACGGAGAACCACUUUUGCCGUCUGAAAGAGUUCUGAUGACAUGUGAUGGCAGACGCGUUGGUUUAAAAAUCGAUAAAGCUGUACCAUCAGAUGCUGGUGUAUAUGGAGUCAAGAUAGUCAAUCCAUUAGGUGCGGAUACAACACAAGGAAAAGCUACAGUAAGAAAAGUAUUCAUGGCUCCAUCAUUUACCCAGAGAUUCACUGAUCUUCAACAAUUACCAAAUAGAGAUGCCAAACUACCGUGCAGAGUUACCGGCGUCCCACAACCCGAAGUCAUGUGGACCAAAGACGGUGAACCUAUCAAAGAAUCUGACAAAUACCACAUCAAGCGAGAUGGUGAUCUAUGCUGCCUGUAUAUUUUAGAUUGUCAACCUACUGACGCUGGCAUCUAUAGGGCUACUGCUGUUAACCAAGAGGGCCAAGACGAUUGUACUGCAACGGUUGAGGUUGUGAAAGAAAUUAAAGCUGCGAAGAGAAUCGAGGCACCGGUCUUCCUUAAACGUAUUGGCGAUACAGAGCUCUACAAAGCAAUGACUGCCAAAUUCACCGCAUGUGCGUCCGGAAUACCAGAACCAACAGUGGAGUGGUUCCAUAACGACAAGAAAAUAUUCCCGUCUACGCGAAUCAAAAUGGAUAAAGACACUGCUGGUUUGCUCAGACUGACUAUAUCAGGAGUUGAUGUAGAUGAUCUCGGGAAAUAUUCAUGUAAAAUAUCCAAUGAGCAUGGAAGUGAUAUUUGCCACGCCUCAUUGAAAUUCGAAGAGGGACUAGAACCCAAACCUAAGCGCCCAAUCACAGACCAAUACACGGAUUUCGACAAGUACAAGAAGAGCGGCGCUCCAAUGCCCAUAUCAGAUCCUCCUAUUAUUUCUCAAAUGACAGACAGACAUUGUACUUUGUCUUGGAACCCGUCCAUUCCUUCAGGUCCCCGAGUGCCUGUUACUUACCAAUUGGAGAUGUGCGAACUACCUUCUGGUGAUUGGUUCACAGUAAGAUCCGGUAUCAGAAGUUGUACGUGUGGAGUUAGGAAUUUGGAACCGUUCAGAGAUUACAAGUUCAGAGUUAGGGUGGAAAAUAAAUAUGGAAUCAGCGACCCAUCACCAUAUGCAAUCACCCACAGGGAAAAGUUAGAGCCAGACCUGCCCAAAUACCGGCCCUACCUUCCUCCCGAGAUCGAUUUCCGCCCAGAAACAUCUCCCUACUUCCCCAAAGACUUCGAUAUCGAAAGACCUCCCCACGAUGGCAUGGCCCAAGCUCCGAGAUUCUUGCGCCAAGAACACGACACUCAAUACGGUGUCAAAGACCAGAAUACUAACCUGUUCUGGUACGUGUACGGAUAUCCAAAACCGAAGAUGACUUAUUACUUUAACGACGAACUUAUUGAACCUGGAGGUCGAUUCGAUAUGAGCUACACUAGAAAUGGGCAGGCUACGUUGUUUAUUAAUAAGAUGUUGGAGAGGGAUGCAGGCUGCUACGAAGCAGUGGCGAGAAAUGAACAUGGAGAAGCACGCCAAAGAGUACGUUUGGAAAUUGCCGAACUACCCUACUUUAUUAGGAGACCAGAAAUUGAUUAUUCCAUGCUAAGAGGUAAAUCCAAAUUCGAAGCUAGAAUCAUCGGUGUACCAUAUCCGGAAAUUAAAUGGUACAAAGACUGGAAACCUUUGGCACCAUCAAGCAGGAUUAAGAUUGCAUUCAUCGAACCUGAUAUAACAGUAUUAACAAUCCACGAUAUCAUUCUGAAAGAUGAAGGCUUGUACUCAGUGGGCGCCCGCAAUGUAGCAGGUUCUACGUCCGCUAGUGCUAUGUUGUAUGUUGAGGAGAACGAGCAUGAGUACAAGAUGAGAAACUACUCCAACCUAACUCCAAUCAAGACCAAGAAACGUAUUUACACCGACUUCUACGAUAUCGGUGAUGAAUUGGGACGUGGUACUCAAGGAAUUACAUCACACGCUGUUGAAAGACUAAAUGGUCGCAAUUAUGCUGCUAAAGUAAUGUACGGAAGUGGCGAUUUCAGACCAUUCAUGUAUAAUGAACUAGACAUGCUCAAUGAGCUGCGUCAUAAGAAGCUGAUCUCGUUGCACGAAGCAUAUGAAACCGAAGAUUCAUUGGCACUAAUCUUAGAACUAGCUUCCGGGGGAGAACUGGUUAGAGAUUAUCUCUUAAAGAUGGAUUAUUACACAGAAAGCGAUAUUGCUGGAUUCAUCAGACAGCUGCUUCAGGGCCUGGACUACAUGCACGACAGAGGCUACGCACACAUGGGCCUUAACUUGGGAGAUCUCCUUAUUUCCCAUCCAGGCGGUGACGACCUGAAGAUAACAGACUUCAGUCUCUCCAGAAGAAUUCAACAUGGCAAUUUCUACCCCCUAAAAUACGGCAUGCCGGAAUACGUCAGCCCUGAGGUGGCCAAUGGCGAUGGUGUUGGUUAUGGUCAAGACAUGUGGAGCGUAGGUAUCAUCACUUACAUACUUCUAUCAGGAAGGUCACCAUUUAGAGGAGAAAACGACAGAGAAACCCUAACCAACAUUAGGGAAGGAAGAUGGAGUUUCUAUGAUGAAUGGUGGUCUAAGAUUAGCCUCGAAGCUAGAGAUUUUAUCAGCAAGUUGUUGGUGUACGAUGCUGAGGGCAGGAUGGAUAUAAGGGCUGCUUUAAGACAUCCUUGGUUGGAAAGAGCCGAUAAGAAGUAUACAGAUGAGUUCCAAAUUAGAAGUAAAUAUCUUAGUGACUACUGGAGGCUCUACAGAGAAUGGUACGACAACGCCUCAUGCAGAAGGUGGUUCAGGCGUAGACCUCUCGAAGGAGCUUUCACUCAUCCUUCCAAGAUGGUAUAUCCACCAGGUGAUUACGAUUCGCCCAGAGGCACUCCGGCACCUCUAGAUAAAACACCAAGGGUUCCAAGAACUUGGGAAGACCAGUUGCCUACUAGAUCACCGCUUAACUAUGAGAUUGGUGUUAUUAAAUCAGAGAGCCAUUAUCAAAAUGGCCCAGACACAUAUUUGCUUCAACUAAGAGAUGUUGACUUCCCAGUACGUCUUCGUGAAUAUAUGAAAGUUGCUGCUAUCCGUGGUCCAGGAUCAGGUUAUAUCCUCUCAGACGAAAAUGGAUAUGAUUGGGGAACACCUAUUAUUCGAGAACGACGAAGAUUUACUGACAUCAUGGAUGAGGAAAUUGAUGAUGAAAGGAAAGCUCGCAUCAAUAGAUAUGGCUCCGUGGAAAGAGAACCGACAACGAGAAGAAUUAGACACGAAUUGGGAUCACGUUUAGAUGCAUACGUGGAAGCUGAAGCCUUCCUGGAAGCUAAACAAGAAGGACGUUUGCCAUUCUUCAGAGAAAAACCAAGUUUAGCUGCAAUGACAGAAGGGCAAGACCUCGAAUUGACAUGUUUGGCAGUUGGCGAACCACAACCGAUAGUCCAGUGGUUCAAGAACGAUUCCAUAGUGGCAGAAUCACACAGAAUCAAAAUCUUUACGGACGCAGAUGGUAGAUCGCAUUUCAAACUAACCCCAGCCCUUAACUUUGAUCAAGGAUUGUAUAAAGUUGUAGCUCGUAAUAAAAUUGGACAAGUAGUAUCUAGAACCAGAAUAGUUCUGGGUCUAGUACCAGAUGAACCAGAUAGUCCUGAAGCCCAGCAAACGUCUGAUACUGAGAUUUUGUUGGCCUGGAAACAACCAAGAUUUGAUGGCAAUGCUGCUGUAAUAUGUUACAGCUUGGAAUAUAAGGCAGCGGAUGAGUUGGACUGGAUAAAGAAGGCUGACAAUAUUGAUCACGAGUUUUACUUGAUAUCUGGGCUGGAGUCGAACAAGAGCUAUAUAUUUAGACUGGCGGCGAAGAAUUCGAUAGGUUGGAGUGAUCCUGGAGUACCUUCUGCACCAGUUACUACAAAACCUGCAGGAUCACCGAAGAUUCAAUUAAGCAAAGCAAUGUUGCAUCUUCAACAACUUACAGAUAGUGGAAAAGAGGUGGACGAGGAAUCCAGAACACGCUUGGAUUAUAAAUUAGAAUCAUCUCCGGUGGAAUGGGAAGAUUCAAAUGUUCAACAGGAAUAUAAUUUCAUUUCUGAAAUAUCGAGGGGCAAGUUCUCGGUGGUACUUAAAGGCGUCGACAAACGCAAUGAUACUGUCGUCGUGGCGAAAAUUUUGGACUAUAAUGACAAAACCAGAGAAGACGUAGAGGGUGAAUUCGCAGCAUUAAGAUCGCUCAGGCACGAGAGAAUAGCCAGUCUUUUAGCAGCAUAUCGUACCAACGGCACUGCUGUAUUUGUUUUGGAGAAGCUUCAAGGCGCCGACAUUUUAACAUAUUUAGCAAGUCGACAUGAAUAUACUGAACAAACAGUAGCUACAAUUGUCUCACAGAUUCUGGAUGGUUUACAAUAUUUGCACUGGAGAGGACUAUGUCAUUUAGAUUUGCAACCAGACAAUAUUGUAAUGUGCGGUGUGAGGUCUGUUCAGAUCAAGUUAGUUGAUCUGGGAUCAGCGCACAGGGUUACCAAACUAGGUACAAACGUUCCAGUUGUUGGACAUCCCGAUUAUAUAUCACCUGAAGUACUAGCCGAAGAACCCGCAUUCCCACAAUCUGAUAUUUGGACAGUUGGUGUCUUAACAUACGUAAUGCUAUCCGGAACAGUACCGUUCCGUGGUCAAGACGAAAAUGAAAGCAGGCAAAACAUCUUAUUUGUCCGCUACAGGUUCGAAAACCUAUUCCAGGAAGUCACACAAGAAGCCACAAGGUUCCUGAUGCUUCUCUUCAAACGCCAUCCAAAUAAGCGACCAUCACCUGACGAAUGCCACGAAAAUCGCUGGUUACUACCUACCGAUUACAUGAUCAAGAAACGAGAAAGAGCGGUUUUCUUGGGCCACAGGAUUAAAGAAUAUUCCGAAGAAUACCACAGCGCACGAGAUCAAUCCGCGCAGCAAUCGCAGAGCUUAUCCGGAGUCAAACUGAUCCGAUCACAGAGUAUACAAGAAGAAUUAUUGACUGCACCCUAGCAACUUUAGGUUCUUAAUAUAUGUAAAUACUGUUUAUAUAUUUCUAUUGCUGAAUAAUUUCAGAAACAAUUUGAAAUGUUGGAUUUAUAAUUAAAAAAAUCAAAAUUUGUUAAAAAAAUCAUUGUUGACAAUACAAUUAGUUAUAAAAAUGGCUUAUUGUUAUAUCUCAUUAAGAUACUGAAAGUUUUCUUUUAAUUUACAACCAUUUUAUUUUUCUUUUUGUUCUACUAAUAAAGUGAUAUGAUAA